GACUAUGAGCUAGAUAUUCAUGUUUUUGUCUCUUUAAAUUGUUAAUCUGCAGUUUCUUUGCCAAAGUGAAGUUUCGAGUCAGGAAGUGACGGUAUCUUCCACUAUUUUGAUCAGAUUUAGGUUUUAAGGGUACUGUUGGAAAUCCGGUAAUACCAUCUUAGCAUUUAGUACAUUACUACAGUACAAGGACAUCAGCUCACAUCACCUCAAAUAGAACAAGCCUGUCAGUGGUCUUGAAAAUAAUAAUUUCCUGAGAACUAACGGGAACAAUGCUGGACAUAGAACGAGGCUGGGAGGAGUUUAAUAGAUUUGAAAAUUAUGUUUUUAAUCCUGAUGAUGAGGAUUUUUUCCAGUUUACGGGAAAAUGGAAUAUCAGGCAUCAGGCCUUAGCUUCUGUAGAUUCAGAUCUCUCUUAUCCUAACAGUCUACUGGCGUUCAAGUUACUGAGGAAUUCCAGCCUUUCUGCGCAUGUGCAAUCUCGCGUUAUAUCUGCUCUGAAGAAGGAAUAUCAGAAUGAUUGCAACAUUAUACACUUGAUAAUGUACCUCAUGAGUAAAGAGACACAAAACAAGCAAAAUUUCAUUUCUCAAGAAGACAAGGAAGUGAAUAAAUCUGUAAAGCAUUGUUCUUCCUCUGACAAGGACAAGUUUCCCCUUGAUGUAUCCGGGAAGCAGGGAGCUCUAGUUAAACAUGAACUAUGUGAUGCAGAGGAGGUGGAAGCAGAAACCCAUGAAUACGAGGAUAUUCCGAUGAACGACCACUUCCUGUUUCAAGAUAACUCAGCUUACAACUAUUUGGAAACUGAAAUACAGGAUGAUAAGAAGCCUAGUUCCUCAAAUAUUUAUGCAAUCUCAAAAUAUAAAUCCUCCAGCUCCCAAAUGCAGGAAAGAGCACAAUCGCUAGAAGAGGGAGUACAUAGAUUCAGUUUGUAUAUAACGGAAUUAUUUGACAGUUUAGAACCUAAGCUAAGAGCACAAGCAGAAAGAAGACAAGAGUAUAUUAAGGACAAACAGCUGUAUCAGGAGAUGAGGCAGGCAAUAGAGCGUAAGAUGAUAGAAUUUGUGCUCUACAAUUUUCCAGACCCGAACAUUCUACCUCCACGAGAAACGGAUUUUCGAACCAUGUUUGUUCAACUUGGAAUUGUGUACCCAGCCGUGUAUGCUCCAUUUCCAGAACCUGAAUUUCAAUCAGAAAUUCGAUGCAGUAAAAUCAGUGAUCUUCAUCAUACUACUUGCGUCAAGUACAAGAGGACUGCAAUACAGAGGGGACUGCUGAACAGAACUUCACUGGAGGAAGGAAAGGCAAGAAAGAAAAGGAAACAACUCCAUGGAUUUAACCCUGAUCCCCUGGCCAAUAUCUUCCCGAAUCCUUACUGUGGGGAAGAGGGGGAAAGUGAGAGUAAAAGAAAAGUUGCAACCGUCUGUUAUAAAUGUUUGGCAGGAGCUUGUGAUGAUGAAACUCACCGAUGUUGAGUUAAUGACUUGUAAAACUUGACUAGAGAAGGGAACAUGAAGUUAGAAGAGAUGUAGUUCAAUGCUUCAGAUGUGUUGAUAUUUAACACCACAAAAUAUUAACUGAGGUUAAAACUUAUGUGAUGUGAAGAUACAUUUUUUUCCUCAAAGGAAUUAAUUAAUUUCUCUUGGAUUACUUUUGGUGUUUGUAUCCUGCAAGGAAAGCUAAGAUUGAGAGAUCAAGCACUUAUCCCUUUCAUUAAAAGCUUCUCAGUGGAUUUCAAGAUCAUAUGCUGUGGAUCAGUGCUAUCUCACAAAAAAGUUUCAACCUCUCAUAUUUCAUUGGUCAAACUUCUAAACAUUUUACCAAAUAAAAUGAAAAAGUUCCUCGUA